UUUCAAACCGGACUGUAAUUCAUGAGACACAAGUGAAGCUGGGAAGCGGACGGCCAUUAAAGCGGCGUGAUUUGUCUGCUGUGUAACGUUUAUUUACAAACAAGAAAAUGAUCAAGGCUAUUUUGAUUUUUAACAACCAUGGAAAACCGCGACUCAUCAGAUUUUAUCAGUAUUUUGCUGAGGACAUGCAGCAGCAAAUAAUCAGGGAAACAUUUCAUCUUGUGUCGAAGAGGGACGACAAUGUGUGCAAUUUUUUGGAAGGAGGAAGUUUAAUUGGUGGCUCUGACUACAAGCUGAUCUACAGACAUUAUGCAACUCUUUACUUUGUAUUUUGUGUGGAUUCCUCUGAAAGUGAGCUGGGAAUUUUGGAUUUAAUACAGGUGUUUGUGGAAACGCUUGAUAAAUGCUUUGAAAAUGUUUGUGAACUGGACCUAAUUUUUCACAUGGACAAGGUCCAUUAUAUCCUACAGGAGGUGGUGAUGGGGGGGAUGGUGCUGGAGACCAACAUGAAUGAGAUAGUGGCCCAAGUGGACGUUCAGAACCGCAUGGAAAAAUCAGAGGGUGGCUUAUCUGCUGCUCCAGCACGGGCCGUGUCUGCAGUGAAGAACAUGAACCUUCCAGAAAUCCCUCGUAACAUCAACAUCGGCGAUAUCAACAUCAAAGUUCCCAGCUUGUCCCCAUUCUGAGGUCAUUGCUGGAGAAAUACAUUUUGUCUUCAUCUAAUCUAAUGUAACAAAGAAUAGCGAUAAUUCAUUGGAUAUGUGGACAGUUCUUGUUUUUUGGUAGAUUUCCUGUGGAGGUCACCUCUAUACAAGAUCCUCUUCCUGUCUUGUCUCAUUCCUGUGGCCGUGUCUGUUUCCAGUUUCUGAAGGAAAGAUGAUUGGGGAAUGUUUCAUGCUGAGCUUAGAGAUGUAAUAGCAACCAUUUCUGUCCAUAAGCAGACCAUAGGCGGCUUGCUUUGUUUUACCCAUCAGCCACAUCUUCUCUGUUCACAAGGAGAACGUAGUGACUGUAUUAUUUCAUCUGGAGGAAAAGACCACACUUGUUAUGCCAUCUUUUCCUGUUACAUGGUCUGUGAAUUGAUGCAAUAUGUGCUUUACAUAUAUUAACCCCGGUUGUUCUAGAAACUGCAUUUCCCUGCUUUCUCACAGUACGUUACUUUGAUUAGAAGUAUCUGAUAAAUAUAUGUAAAGGUAACCUGCUUCUGAAUAUGUAAAAAAAAAAAAAAAACUGUAAUAUAAGGUCUGUUUGGUUUGAAGCACUGGAGCAGCGACUGAUUGACUUCUGGGACAUUUUUUAACAGUGGCUACAUAGCUGUUUAAUUUUUUUAAAGGUGGGGGUACGGCUUCAUGAGAACAUGGAUAAAAAGCAUUGAUUGCAUCAGUGGAGCCUGAGAUUUGGUCUUGAUGGGAGCACUUGCAACAUUUGUAUGAACAUUCAUGCUGCUGGUUGAAGCAUGAGGUGGACGACUCAACGCUUUGUCAGCUUGCUCUCGAGUGCUUGAGGAAUGACUCACUUGUAUGUCUCUUUGGACCAAAGUGUUUGCUGAAUAAUGGUCAUGUAAUCUUGCAGCACUGCUGGUUAUGUGGCCCAGCUGUCCGGAGCUUUGACUGUAAUACGGCUGUUUGUUCCCUGCAUACACAGCCGAAUUCCAAGUCAGCCAUCCUCUCUCCAUGUCGUCCUUGUUUUAACCAUAAUAUACAAACAUGCCUGCAGCUUGGGAACUUUUUGUGUGUCUGUGUCUGUGUGAGUGAUAUACAGCCAUGGAAAACAUUAAGUACACCACACCACAAUUGUUUUGUUUCACUUAUUUUCGAAUCUAUGGGUGUGAAUAAUAUAUAUUUUUUUUUUUUGCGAACUGCAGUCUGGUUCUUCCCUGCUUCUCAUUAAUGAAGGGCUUCUUCCUUGCUUUAUGGAACGUCAGUCCUGCUUCCAGGAGCCUGAUACAAACCUAGCCGUGCAUCUCACAAAUGCACUUAAUGUUUCCCAUUCCGUUUGAAGGUCACUCCACGUCAUCCUGUAAUUCCUGAGAAACUAUCAGAUAAGAUAACGAUCAUCUCUGGCAUUAGAAUGUCACUUACGCCCUUCAUCUGGCUGGUUUCUGAUCGUUCCCAGUGUCUCCUGCUUCACCUUAUUCUUGUGUGCUGCUGUCUUAGAAAUUUCCAACCUGGAAGCAGCCUGCUGCUCAGCAUAACCUUCUGCCAACAGAACCACGAUUAAACCAGGAUGUAAAAAUACCGAUUUGUCUAAAAAUAUGGAGUGGUCUUUUCAUUUUUUGGCUGUAUAUGAGAUGUAUAGGUCUGAAUGGACUGUGUGACUCUGUAGCGGAAAAUGGAUGUUGAGGCCCAUGGUUUGACAACCUCUAAUCUGGAUGUAAAUUGCCACUUUUUACAGUGCACUGACUGCUGUUGUAAAUGUUGUAACUGAUUCCGCACUUUUAAUUAUGUUUUUAAUUAUGAUGUUUUGUCAUAGAGAACUUGACACAUUUCCCCUUGUUUUAUUGGACUGUCACCACUGGCAACACUGGGAUCGACAGCAGGAAAUGAGCUUCAGUAGUUAUAUGAAGUCUAAUUUGAGUGUCUAUAUAAAUGGCAAGAUGAAGCCUUUGGUAGCAUUUCCUUAGACACGUACAUUUGCGUCUCACUUUGCUGGAUGGAUGGUAUUUGGUGCAUUCCUGCCCUGUUUGGUGGUUGCUAUGGUUUUGACUUUUUAAUUUUUUUUGUCCCCAUUUGUUCAUUUAUCCUCUGUUCCAUUUCCGUUUGAGUCCUAGAGUCCCUAUUGUCUGGUUUCCCUCCACACACUGACUUUUCUUAGUAUACUUUGAGCUGGGCGACCCUGCCUGUCAGCAUUCUGAGCGACCUGAUGUUCCCAGUAUGUUAUGACGUGGUCUGGGCUGUUUGUUGAUUAACUGCCGUUGAUCUUGCUUGUUUCACUGCUCACGCUUUGCUUCGUCUGCUGUUUUACUAACGCUGGGUGACCUCCAGUGGCGCCAUUUUGUCCGAACUGAUCGUAAGUUUUUUUCUAAAUACUUUGUGUUAUUUAUUUGAUACUUGUGUAUACUGUUUAUGUUUGUUUUCUUAUAUGAAUAGUUAUUGAUGUUUGUCUCUCUCUUGCCUCUUAAAUAAAUUCUUCAAACUCG